AAAAAAAAAAAAAAAAAAAAAAAAAAGGGGGGGGGCUACGAGCUUUUGAAUGUCUGCACUGAUGCUUGGGAUCGUCGUACACCUCUGUGUCCUGCCCCCGCCUCCACCCUUCCUCCCCAGCUACAUCCGCGCUGAAGCAGCCCAACAAAAUGGCUUUGAGAACCUGCCCUUCUUCGCGGCUGCCAUCAUCGCGGGCAACGUUGCCAAGCUUCCAGUCGACUUUUUGAACACGGCAGCCAUCAUCUACGUCGUUUCUCGCAUCUUUUACUCGGUCGCCUAUAUUUCCACCACUUCCGAGCCUCUCUCGAACCUUCGAAGUGCCAUCUUUCUUGUUGGUGUAUCGACCUGCUUCACCUUGUUCAUCCGCGCUGGGCUUGCUCUCCAGUAAGCAAUGGCGCCGGCCUCGACAUGUCUCUCUUUAGCAAAAUCGGGCUUUUGGCAGAACGUGGGAGUGAGCUUCAAUCGAAUGAGGUCAAAACGGCUGGAAUCGAGAACAGAGGAAAUCAAUGCAGUGUGCAAUAACUUUGGCUGCGAACACGUUUGGCUGUCGA